GUGUCCCUCGGACACAGCGGAUCACCGAUCCAUGGAAAGAGCCAAAGAUGUCGCUCGGUCCAUGUGAUCAGCUGUGUCCAAUCACAGCUGAUCGCAUGUAAACAGGCUGACAGCUCUCAUCAGGGCACUGAUGAUCAGUGUGCCCUGAUGAUCUGUGUAGCCGCAGCAGCGCCACCUGUCAGUGUCCAUCAGUGCCAGCUCAGUGCUCAUCCAUGCCACCUGCCAGUGCCCAUCAAUGCCACAUAUCAGUGCUGCCUAUCAGUGCCAUAUGAGUUCUGCCUUUCAGUGCCCAUCAGUGAUGCCUGUCAAUGCCCAUCAGUG